UUCCCGCAAGUCGCAGCAUGACCAGCAACGAGAGCAGCGUCGAGGCGCCGAGCGACGUCGACGCCCUGAAGUACGUUGCCGGAACUGUCUGCGCGGGCGUCUUUGGCGGUGGCUUCUACCUCGGCGUCCGUCGGCAGAAGAUCCACGCCGCCGAGCUCGCGGUUCUCGAGAGCAAGGAAGCUGCCGAGAAGCUUGCGUUGGGCGAACCGGCAUCGCCCAAGCCCAAGGUCUUCUCAUGGUGGGAGCGCGCGCUGGGCCUUAAUAAGCCUCACACACCGGGUGGCGCAGCAGUCAAGGCGCUGCUGGGUGGCACGAUCCUCGCUGUCGUCGGCUCCACCGUCUUCUUCUCUGUGCUCGUCAACGUGGCCGACGAAGAAGCGCUGCACAAGUUCAGCUCCAAGAUGACGCGCGUCUUCCCUCCGCUGCGCCAUGGUAUCAUUCGAAUCUUUGGCAUUACGCCGCAGGCCGGCCCGACGCCGGAAGCGCUCGCCCAGGAAGACCGCGAGUGGGCCGAAAUGGAGCUCGAGAUGGAGGCGAUUGCGGCCGCCCCUCGCAUUGACCCAAAUGCAACGAGCGAAUAGACCAAUACAAUAUGCAUUCUCGU